AUCACUGCUACUGCUGCUGCUGCCACUCCAGACUGAAUGCAGACGGAGGGGGGAGUAGAGAGAGAGAGAGAGGGAAGGAGAGAGCGUACAGGCCUUGCCAAAUAAAGCCAUGGGGGCCUGGGCAGUGACGGCCCUUUUUACACUAUAAAUACGCUGUUCUUCUGCCGGUUCGGGUUUGGUGCCUGGAGCUCUGGACCAGCCCGACUCAGGAGAUUCUCAUCGGCUCUCAGGCCCGUCACUAUGCCCCGGGUAGAUGCUGACCUCAAACUGGACUUCAAAGAUGUCCUUUUCAGACCAAAGAGGAGCAGUCUGAAGAGCAGGUCUGAGGUUGACCUGCAGAGGACCUUCACAUUCCGGAACUCAAAGCAGACGUACAAUGGCAUCCCCAUCAUCGCUGCUAACAUGGACACCACCGGGACUUUUGAGAUGGCACAGGUGCUCAGCAAGCACACUCUCUUCACAGCCAUCCAGAAACACUACUCCCUGGAGGAGUGGAAGACUUUUGCUGCCAGUCAUCCAGAGUGCCUUGAGCAUGUGGCGGCCAGCUCGGGCAGUGGAGCGGCGGAUCUGGAGAAACUAUCCAGCAUCCUGGAGGCCAUUCCUCUCAUCCAGUACAUCUGCCUGGACGUGGCCAAUGGCUACUCUGAACACUUUGUGGAGUUUGUAAAAAGAGUUCGGGAAAGGUUUCCAAAGCACACCAUCAUGGCAGGAAAUGUGGUGACAGGGGAGAUGGUGGAGGAACUCAUUCUGUCUGGAGCUGAUAUUAUUAAAGUGGGCAUUGGGCCAGGUUCUGUGUGCACCACACGCAUUAAGACUGGAGUGGGUUAUCCUCAGCUGAGCGCUGUUAUCGAGUGUGCCGACUCGGCUCAUGGACUGAAAGGACACAUCAUCUCUGACGGAGGCUGCAGUUGCCCUGGGGAUGUUGCUAAAGCUUUUGGUGCUGGGGCAGAUUUUGUCAUGCUGGGAGGAAUGUUAGCGGGGCACGAUCAGUGUGCUGGUGAAAUCAUUGAAAAAGACGGCAAGAAGUUCAAGCUGUUUUACGGGAUGAGCUCAGACGUCGCCAUGAAGAAGUAUGUUGGAGGGGUAGCAGAGUACAGGGCAUCAGAGGGCAGGACUGUACAGGUGCCCUACAAAGGUGAUGUGGAGAACACCAUCAGGGACAUCUUGGGCGGCCUGCGGUCCACCUGCACUUAUGUAGGAGCUGCCAAACUCAAAGAACUGAGCCGCAGGACGACCUUCAUCAGAGUCACACAGCAGUCUAGCCAUAUGUUCACCUAGUCAUACAUGCUAAAAACAUGUACGCUCACAAAUACUGAUUCACAAGUUAAGGAAUAGUUGAAGUGAAAAUAAUUAUGUGAAAUUGGAUGCACUGUCCCUUUAAAUGGCAGUCCAGACAUGUUCAUAAACAUAUUUCCAUCUGUCUCCCAGUUUUGUGUGCUCUUUAGAUUCACAAGUAUCUGAUUUAUUAUGUAACUCACUCGAAAAGCUAUUACACUCAUAAAGACAGACCCAUGGAUACUGUUUGACUCAGGAACCUUGCUCUACACCAGUGCGUUUCCUUAAAAAAAAAAAAAAAAAAAUUAUUAUGUUGAAGCAUGGCUCAGUUUUGUUCAUUUCAAGUUCUCUGAAGUAUGCAAUGCGUCUGCAUCUGUACGAGACAGAGGAUGAAUAAGAAAACAUGACAAUACUGGGCCAAAUUUAGUCAUUCUUUGUAACUAUGCAACCCAUUCUCUCCCUAGAGUGUAACCAUCAGCGUGACAGUUUGAGAGUUUGAGAGAAAGAGACAAUUCUUUGCCACAAUAAGAUCUAGUCCCUGCGUGUCGUAACUGUGAGUUGAUUUGAGCAGCAAGUGGUGCAUACUGUUGUGAACUAUUUCUGCUGGCCUGCUUCCUUUGUGAUUGUACAGAGGGUGUGGUGGGAUGUCAUAUCAGACCAUAGGAAUGUGAAAACGGCUACAUCUCAUUUCUUCAACAUGCCCUGUGCAGUUUAGAUUAGGUAGAAAAUAUGUCAUUAAAUGUAGAACGAGUAAAACAUAACAGAUUAAGGAAUAAACAUCUGAAUGAACAUGUGGUUGGUUCAUGCCUUAUAAAGCUCUAUUUUUGUCAA